AUGACGCCCGCUCCUACCGGCCCAGGUAGCCCUCUGAUCGCAGGAGCUGCUAUGUCGGGCGGCGAUUUCAACGAUUUUUCCGAUGAAGAGCUUGGCGCUUCAAACCUCUUCGACUUUUCUAAUAGCCCAGAUACUCUCCAGUCAUUCGAGUCGCUCGGAGGAAACGACGCGAAAACAUUUCUCACACCCCAAGAAUUAACAGGGGCACCUCUUCCUGAUUCUCCGAACGGUUCCUACCAAGACUCAUCAUCUGAAACGGCCUCCUCUAAACGCACUGCAACCCCAACCUCCAAGGCCACCAUGCACCCCGCUGAAGCGAUGUUGGAGGAAGACGAAAUGAAGGUGGAAUGGGGAAACAGCUUUUUCAACGACGAUGACCACUUUGUUUUUGGUCAAAACCAUGACGAUGCUUCGAUGGAAAUGUACCCUUUUGGCGAACCUGGAGAGUCUAUCCUCGAGCAUCCCUACGAUAUGGACACCGCUUCUAGUAGCCCGGAAGGCUUAAAUACAGAGCAACCAGCUCUCACAUCUCAGAUGCCCACAGUCAGCACGAAAGCCACUAUCAAAGAUGCAACACCUAAGAGGAAGAAAGCACAGGGUCACCAGAAAGCCUCUUCAGUAUGUUCAUCGCACAAUUUUUUCAACCAAACGAGCCCUUUGUUAACGAACUUGAAGCAAUACUCGGUGUCUUCAGCAAUGAAUGGAUUGAAAACAUCAGCAUCACGAGAGGUUUCGCCAAUGUCCAACAUGGUGCUGAGCCAUGGCAGUUCUCCAGCGCCUCUCUUUAAUUCUCCCUCACCUAAUACUCAAAUUGAUUUCUCCAGAGUUGUGAAUGGAGGAGUGGGAGCACAGCAUGUGUGGCCAAACAAAAUCGACGUGGCAGCGCAACCUGUACCCGACGGCUUGCCUAUGCAUUUUAGCGGUCAGAUGAACCAGCCUAUGCCUAUGCCGCACCAGAUGUCAAUGCCCGCACAAUUCAACUUCAAUGGACGAUGCCAAUUAAAAAUCAUGCCUACGCCUCUCAAGUCGAGGGUCGAGACCCAGAUCCCUAUCAAAAUGACCCUGUGGCCAUUGCCGCCUGGGGUCACCAAACUGCAUCUGCCACCCCACACCAUCUCAAAGCCUAAGCUGUUGUCGAAGCCAACGCCUGAGAAGUCUCCGGACAUGCUCGAGUUGCAUGUCUCAUUAGUUUGCACGAGUGCCAUGGAUGAGCCUGGCGUCAAAGAAGCCGCGCUCAAACGGGCGGCAUCACACCCUCAAGGCUAUCUUCCGCCUCUGCCAGACAACAACGGUUCUCAACCAAAAGGCGGCGAUGUACGUAUUUGCCCAGGCUGCAUAACGAGAGAGCGAAAGCGCGCGGCUCGGAAAAAGAUCAAGAAGCCAGAGGAAGAGAAGGUCUGGUUGGAAGACGAAGAGCGCCGUGUCAUUGUCUUCAACACACAAGAAGUCAAGGACUGGCAACCUCCCAGCGGCGUCAUGGAGUCAACUGUUCCCGAGGGUACCAUGCAGGUUGAUGCUGCGAUGCGCAUUGCUUGCUAUUGUCGACACCAUGGAGAAAAGAUGGGAUUCAAUGUUAUCUUCACCAUUAAAGAUUUCCAAGACAGAGUCGUCGCUCAGGCCAUGUCUAACCCAAUUAUGAUCACUGACGACCACAAGACUCACCCGAUUGCGCAGGUCGCGGCUCAGCAGCCAGCGAUUCCAGAGCCUCCCAUGCCAUCCGUACCUCAAGCAAGUACUGAGAACAACGUCCUUCUACCACCAACUGCCAAUGGACCCUUCCGCAUGUCGCCAUCUAACGGCGAUUUGUCGAAUAUGCAUCGAAGCAGCCAGGCCUCAUACCAAUCUAAAGCCUCGUCUACUGGUAAUCUCGGCAGGAUACUCUCACGCCCAGCUUCGCCAACUCUUGGUGGCCCAAUGGCAAAGAAGAGAAAGUCCAGCGCUUCGAGAGUUCCCAACGGACUUACCAUGACCCGCCUGGAUACGUCACCUUCUCCAGGCGCGGAUGUCAAUCAGCUAUCUAACGCUACAUCUCCUUUUACACCUAGCCUCGCUGCCUUUUCUCAAGCCGAUCCGAUGUUUGGACAGCAAGCAAUGGCCUUCACCACGGGUCCUCCUACACCCAGCAACGAGCUACCAGGAUUCUACGCCAAUCACCGCUCCGCGAGUAUGGAUAAUAUGGCCAUGGCGCAACUUUACUCAGCACCUGCUUCAGGACACCCGAGCCGUGCUCCCAGUCCCAAUGGCCUUCGAAACAGUAUCGUUGGCAACCCCCAGAACCAAUUUGCCCAGGCACUUGCCAGCACCUUCAGUGUGCCUACAGGCAUGACGCCACUUCGAGCACCUCCAGUCAUUCACAAGAUCAUUCCCAAUGAGGGUCCUACGGUGGGAGGUAUUGAAGUGACAGUUUUGGGUGCUGCCUUUUUCCAGGGGCUCGAAAUCUGGUUUGGCAACCACAAAGCCACGACUACUACGUUCUGGGGCGAAUCAUCAGUUGUCUGUCUACUGCCACCUGCUCCUGGCCCUGGACCUGUGCCGGUCACCUUCAAGAAUCAGAACCCUCAGGCCGGCCAAGCUUUCUUAAACACAGCCAAACAGCCGCCUACUUUCAAUUACUUGGACGAUGGCGAGGACAAGCUGAUUCGAGCUGCUCUGUCUGUACUGGGGCAUAAGAUGUCGGGUCAAAUGAUUGAUGCCAUGGAUGUCGCCAGAAGAAUUCUGGAUAACGGAAAUGGAAGCCACUGGUCUGGCGGUUCUGAUGGUGCUCAGGGUGGUUCCUCAUCGGGCGGAGCCAUGUUCAGCCAUGCCCCUUAUGCUCAUCUCGAAUCUCAGCUCCUAAAGUGCCUGGACCUCAUUGACCUCGAUGACAGCAUGCACAGAACUCGCCUGGAUCUCAAGAGACCCACCGGUCACACUAUGCUUCACCUCUCUUGUUCGCUAGGCUACCAUCGCUUAGUUGCAGCCUUGCUGGCCAGAGGUGCAAACCCUGAUGCUAGAGAUAGGGGUGGCUUCACACCUCUUCACAUCGCAUCGAUCCACAACCACCCUGAGAUCGUUAGAAGGCUCAUGCUUAACGGUGCCGACCCAACCAUCAGAAGCGUGUCUGGACUUUCCGCCUCCGAUAUUGCUCAGUCGCGUGCUGUAAUCCACGCCAUCCGCCGUUCUCAGCGACAUGCCCGAUCCCGCAGCAGCGGUGGCUCCGGUUCUCUUCACAGCCGAGCCAGCAGUGCCACUUCGCUCCGAUCGCUCUGGGAGCCUAUGACUAAGAUACACAGUCAUGAAGAGCCAAUCUCACCUGAUUCUAGCGAGGAGAGCCCGGAGUACACAUCGGGAGAUUUCGAGGAUGAGGAUCCUGACGAGGAUUCCUACUUGAGCAUGAGAAGGUCCAGUGGCUUCAGGCAAGAUCGUGAGAGACCCAAUCUUCGCCGCCAGCAGACUAGCGAAAUGGAGGAGGAACUUGCACCACCUGCUACAACAAUGGCUGCUCUCAAGGAGCAGUUCCAGCAACAGGUCCACCAAUUCCAGCAGUUCCAACAGUCGAUUGCUAUGCAGUUCCAGAAUUUCCCACAUUUCCCACAGAUGCCUCAAAUGCCUGCAUUGCCUAACAUGCCUGGCUACCAAGCACCCUUCAUGCGACGAGUCCAGCAGUUGAUGCCAGGUAUGGCAGGUCCCCGUGCUGAUGGCGAGCAGCCUCAGCGCUGGUGGGAUUCGUCUUCCAAGGCAGCCGCGCCAGCACCUCCGGCUUACGAGGAGAUCUUCCCCCAGGAAAGCCUUGACCAAAAGCAUGAGUCAGCUGCCCGAGCUGCUGUGGAGGCUGAGGCUGAUCAAAAAUGCGCGGCCUUAUUCGACCAGACCACAUCUACUGAAACCGAGUCGGCUGAUAUUACCGAAGUCACUGAAGUGACUGAAAUCAAGACUGAAGAGCCAGGGGUCCUCAAAAUUGGCCGAAAGAACGCCAUCACCAAGGAGCAGCAAGAGCAAUUCCGCCGAGCACAUGAAGUCAAGAUGAAGAGGAUUAGCAGUGACCACAAUCUGUUCUUCAUCUGGAUCCCCCUCCUCCUCGUAAUGAUUUGCGGCAUGCUAUAUAGCUACUUCCCUUGGCUCUUCACGUUUGCCUGGGCUUUUGUUCGCUCAUUGUAUCAGAACGGGCUCACCAAAACACAGCAACUACUUCAACAAAACCUACCAGAGCGGGUUCUUGAAGGUAUUGAAGUUUGA